UAUUCUGACCGCUAGCAGGCAGUAUCAUUUCCAUAGAAACCAAUAUCCAAGCAAGGUUAUCUAUUUUGCCGCGGAAGAUAAAACCGAAUAAUUUAUUCGGUGAAACAAGUUUGGGUUAAUCUUUAGCAUGAAAUUAGAACUACUUGAACACCGAAUCAUGAAUCAAGUUACCUGCUAGUUUAAAAUAAAACAGUAAUCAUGAGUAAUGAGGAGCAGCCCACCCACACCUCUCUUACUGUUGAAAACAUGAAGAGACAUGAACAAGAAACUGGAAGUGUGGGAGUUGAAGAAUUGAUGACAAAAUCAAAUGCAGAUAUUGAGGCAAAGGAACUCAAUGGCAAUGAUGACUUGUAUACAAGACACGGCAACCCAGACACCACAGUUGUGACGCGCAGUAUUAGAAAUAAUGGGGAAGAAUUUAUUGCCGUAUCAAUUGAGAUGCAAACUGAAGAAAGUUGCCUGCUACAAACUGAAAUACACAAUGAUACAGAAACUAACGGGUCUUUAUCAGAGAAUGAACAAAACAUUGAAGCUGUGUUAAAAGUUCAUGAGGAUGGUCAUGAAACUGAAAUCUCAACAACUGAAGACAUGGAGUCUAAUGAUGGACAAAAUCAUCCAAUUAAUGACAGGAUAAGCAAGAGCCCAGCAAGCGGGUUAAGUCAGAGUUUGAAUAUUGAUUCUUCUGUGAUGGACGACAACCCAGUUGCUGAGAUGAACAUAUUAGACACCAUGGGUUCCCAUACACCAACAACUGAGGUAUCAAGCGUUGGAGCUCCUUAUAUACUUCAAUAUAAACCGGAAUCUAAGGCACAUAGAGUGGAUUAUGACAAUAUUAAAGACAAAGCAUCUUCAAGUGUUGACUGGGAAACCAUGAAACCGGAAGAUCAAACUUAUUUUAACAAUUUAUUGGAAGAAGCGGCGAAAGAACGAGAGAAAAGUGAACAAAGCAGUCAAUCAGAUACAUUGAUUGAUAUUGAACCUCAUGCUGCAUAUGGCUCACAACAAGAGCGUAAGAUAGCAAAAGAACAUGCUGCUGAACGAAUGAGGGCUCGUGAAGUUGAAAGACAAAAACAAACAAUUCCUACAAAUCAAACUAACUUUUAUGCUUUUGCUCGGCAGUUAAAAACCGUAAACUAUUCGUUAUCAUCUGAGAAAUGCAUGGAAGAGGGCUGGACCAUUCGCCCAAUAACCCCACCACAAGUAAAUGAACCUGUCGAGGAAUUUAUAAUACAAGAUGCACAAACCGCAAUCGCAAGUGGCAGACCAAUGGUGAAAGAAUCAAGAAAUGGAAAUGGAAAAAUACGCAGACGCACGUACACGCCCCUCCAUUUCAACCAAUCGUAUGCGGUUUGAACAGACAAGUUGGAAUACGAAUUGUGUCCCAAGAAAAUAUCCACGUUACAUUUUCUGACGCAAAAAGAAGCGUUAGAUUUAAUGUGGGGUGUCGAUUAAGGCUUAAGAAUUCAUUGGCAAGAUUGGACCCAUUAGAUGCAGACAUAAUCUCACUUCAUGAGAAAACCACCUUUAUACAGUCCAUCAUGGAACGCAUGAAUAACAUUAUGAAGUUUUCUAAAUCUCCACGUGUGGAAAAACUGAGAUUACCAAACUACUUGACGAACAAAAUGGGAAGUGACAUAAGGAUAUCGGUUCAACCUAAUACAAAUAAAGACACCAAGGUUAAACAAACUAAAAGCAAAAGACAAAUAAAGCAGGCCAAGAACCUGGAAUCUUCCAUAAGAGACAACUCAGUUAUACCUGCCGUUAUUGUAAACUGAUUUUUUUGUUUUUAAAAGUUUAUUUUGAAACUGUCGUUUUCCUAUUUUCUCGAUUUACCAUGCUACAAUCUAAUUGCUUUGACCAUCCUUAUUGCUAAUUUGUAUUGCAAACAUGAGACAUGGCCACUGUGUUCUAUAGUGUUAAUACUAUGUAGUACUGUGGUGCUGGAUGGGACACCUUUAGUACAUAAUGUCCAAAUAUCCUGAUCCUGUUUUAAACAGCCAACAACAGUAUAUAAGAGUUGUGAGAAUACGGUUUUAUAAGUCUUACAUUUUUGUUUACUCCCAAAUGGGUUGGGAAAUUAGAAUGAAAGGGUGUCCUAUCUUCACCAACCUACUAUAUUUGCUUAUAUACAUUAUAUACAUAUAUAUGUUGUUUUCAAUUAGGCUACUUGUGAAAUUACCUGCCGAUAUAUUGCGUGUUAUUCAUAGCGUUAUAAUUGUGCGUCAGUGUUCGUUUCCCAUUAUAUCGAAUUAUUUUGUAA